GUUUGUUUCUCGAGGAGAAGGAAGGAGGGAGAGUGGGGGAAAUCAAAUGGGUUGCAUCUCUUCCAAACUGCUCGCCGUCGCCGAAGUCGGCGAGGAGCUUCUCUUCUCUGGCGACGCAGGCCCCGACGGCGACUGCCCGAACCAUUUUGUCUCCCUCACCUCUACCACCUACGGCGCCCUCAGCCUCGAUCGCGGCGACGAGAAAGCCAAUAAUCCCAAGGCGCCAGCAGAGAAGGAAGUCGAACCGGAUGCAGCCUCGGCGUCGGAGUGCGGCCAGCCGUCCCCUCCCCAUGUCAACAAGAAGAGCGCCGCGGCGGAGGAAGAGCGCCCCUCGGAGGUCAUCGACGCGCGGGAGCUCAUGGGGGACCUGGCCGACGAGACUCCUAGCCGGUCGCCACCGCAGAAGAAGAGGCCACACAAACCCUCGCCUGCAUUGCGCCGGUCGCCCGCGGUCAGGGCCGCGAUGUCGCCCGUGAUGCCAAGGAAUUGGUUCGCCGGGAAGGAGAACACCCCGCUGCGGCUAGAGCCCAAAAGGUCGGAUCUUGACGCCUACCGUGCCUCGAAGCCGUUCCGUUCCUUGGACAACACGCCGUGGACCAACCUCGUUUCGGCAAUCUCGAAGAAGGGCACCCCCAACAGCGCACGGAGCAACAACUCCAAUAGAGAUUUCAGUAACUCGAAGUCGAGGCGGAGCCUGAGCCCCUUGUUCGAUCCGGAGCUCCUCGCUCGUUUCGAGCGGGAGCACUGCGAGGAAGGGGAGCAGAUCAAGAGGAUGGUGCACGUCAAGAUCUGCGAUUCUGUUAUCCUGCUUCAAUCCUUCGAGGAGAAGUGUCCCCCAGGAGGUGAGGACACCGUGGUCCUCUACACCACCACGCUCAGAGGGAUCAGGAAGACCUUUGAGGAUUGCAACAGAGUCAGGUCCUUGAUCGAGUCCUACGGCGGCCACAUCGUGGAGAGGGACAUCUCCAUGGACUCCGGGUACAGGGAGGAACUACGGCUGCUGAUGGGGUGGAAGGAGGUGAAGGUCCCGAUCGUCUUCGUCAAGGGCAGGUAUGUCGGUGGUGCCGAGGAGAUCGUGAGAUUGGAAGAAGAAGAUGAGUUGGGGCUUUUGCUGGAGGGGCUUCCGAGGGCGACAAAGUGGUGCGAGGGCUGCGGCGGGUUGCGAUUUGUGAUGUGCAUGGACUGCAAUGGCAGCUGCAAGGUGUUGGAUUCCGAGAAGAAGAAGGUGAAGUGUAAAGGGUGCAAUGAGAACGGCUUGAUCCAUUGCCCCAUAUGUUGCUGAGACGAAAAUAGAGAAAGAUUUGGCACUUCCCUUCACGAGGGGGCUUUACUUCCAGCCAACUCAAACAUUAUUUGCAAAAGAGAUGCCAGUGAAAUCUUUUGAAGAUGAAUGACAUGGAUUUUGGCUGUGCAAACCAAUCCAUUAGAUUUCUUUGUGACCUUGGAACGAACCUUGUGAUGACUGUAUUGACAAAUAUCUUCCCACCAAGAAGAAUCAUGCUAGAAGGAUCAGCCAGGCCAAUUUCUUUGAAGUUUGCACCUAACUCAGGAAAAAAUCGAGACAAAAGAAAGUGGAAGCAACAGUUUCUGUUUAUAAUUGUGUCUCUCAUACAAUGUCUCUUUCAUGAUCCAUGUUCAUAUUCUUUAUUUCCAGAUCAGUCAGGAUCAGGAUGCAUAAUUCUAUUCCAGAUGCUAAUCUCCCUCUGCAAUCACAACACAGCAGCAGUCUUAUCACA